CACUACUUCAACUUGUUUCUCUCACGGCGAACCGCGUGGGUUGCCGCCUCCCGGCCUUUCUCUAUCUAUCUCCCGACGGCGCUACGUCUCCCUCUCCAUAAGGUUUGCUAACCAGCAAUGGCUUCUGUGACAAAUUCCCGCGAUUUCAUGUUCUGCAACAUCUGUGGGACUAUGCUAUCUAUGACUUAUACUCCUUUUGCUGAACCCGGCCAAUGCCCCAAGUGCAAAUUCUCGCGACCUAUAAAAGAGCUCUCCAGAUAUCAAAUAUCGUACGCGGUCAGUAAAGAGGAUAUCCAAAGGGAGCUAGGUAUAUCAAAUAUUAAGGAGGAAAAGACUGAAUUAGCAAAGACGGACAUGAAAAAAUGUGAAAAGUGUGGCCACAAUGAGCACACAUAUUUCUCUAGACAGAUGAGAUCCGCUGAUGAGGGGCAAACUACUUUUUAUACUUGCACCAAGUGCAAUAACAGUUUUAGUGAGAAUUAAUAUGUGGAUUAUACAACUCUUUUUCGCUCAACUGAAAGAGUUAUUCCAGUUGUUUUUCCUCCAGAUGAUUGUCCAUCAUGUACUACUGUCAAAAGCUUGAUCUUGACUCUCAAACCUCUAAUGGUUCAAAAUGUACCUUGUGAUUUGUAAGGAACUUAUGAAAUCCUUGAUGCUUGUAUGGCCCCAGUUGACCGUAGAUGAUGAUCUGGUAGAAUUACUGUAAUUCUUAAAUGUUAAUGAAACAACUUGGAGUGAAUUAGAUUGGUGAAUUUCUUGUGC